AUGCAGGGUCAGCUAUGGACACACGGCCUCAGAGAAGACAGACAUAACCAUGCAGGGUCAGCCUAUGGACACACGGCUCAGAGAAGACAGACUAACCAUGCAGGGUCAGCCUAUGGACACAACGGCUCAGAGAAGACAGGACUAACCAUGCAGGGUCAGCCUAUGGACACACGGCUCAGAGGAAGACAGACUAACCAUGCAGGGUCAGCCUAUGGACCACACGGAUCAGAGAAGACAGACUAACCAUGCAGGGUCAGCCUAUGGACACACGGCUCAGAGAAGACAGACUAACCAUGCAGGGUCAGCCUAUGGACACACGGCUCAGAGAAGACAGACUAACCAUGCAGGGUUCAGCCUAUGGACAACACGGCUCAGAGAAGACAGACUAACCAUGCAGGGUCAGCCUAUGGACACACGGCUCAGAGAAGACAGACUUGGCUAUGUCACAGGCACCCUAUUCCCCUGUGUACAGUUGAAGUCGGAAGUUUACAUACACUUAGGUUGGAGUCAUUAAAACUCAUUCUUUCAACCACAAUUUCUUGUUAACAAACUAUAGUUUUGGCACGUCAGUUAGGACAUCUACUUUGUGCAUGACACAAGUAAUUUUUCCAAUAAUUGUUUACAGAUAGAUUAUUUCACUUAUAAUUCACUGUAUCACAAUUCCAGUGGGUCAGAAGUUUACAUACACUAAGUUGACUGUGCCUUUAAACAGCUUGGAAAAUUCCAGAAAAUGAUGUCAUGGCUUUAGAAGCUUCUGAUAGGCUAAUUGACAUCAGUUAAGUCAAUUGGAGGUGUACCUGUGGAUGUAUUUCAAGGCCUACCUUCAAACUCAGUGCCUCUUUGCUUGGCAUCAUGGGAAAAUCAAAAGAAAUCAGCCAAGACCUCAGAAAAAAGAUUGUAGACCUCCACAAGUCUGGUUCAUCCUUGGGAGCAAUUUCCAAAUGCCUGAAGGUACCACAUUCAUCUGUACAAACAAUAGUACGCAAGUAUAAACACCAUGGGACCACGCAGCCGUCAUACCGCUCAGGAAGGAGACGCGUUCUGUCUCCUAGAGAUGAACGUACUUUGGUGCGAAAAGUGCAAAUCAAUCCCAGAACAACAGCAAAGGACCUUGUGAAGAUGCUGGAGGAUACGGGUACAAAAGUAUCUAUAUCCACAGUAAAACGAGUCCUAUAUCGACAUAACCUGAAAGGCCACUCAGCAAGGAAGAAGCCACUGCUCCAAAACCGCCAUAAAAAAGCCAGACUACGGUUUGCAACUGCACAUGGGGACAAACAUCGUACUUUUUUGAGAAAUGUCCUUUGGUCUGAUGACUGUUUGGCCAUAAUGACCAUCGUUAUGUUUGGAGGAAAAAGGGGAACGCUUGCAAGCCGAAGAACACCAUCCCAACCGUGAAGCACGGGGGUGGCAGCAUCAUGCUGUGGGGGUGCUUUGCUGCAGGAGGGACUGGUGCACUUCACAAAAUAGAUGGCAUCAUGAGGAAGGAAAAUUAUGUGGAUAUAUUGAAGCAACAUCUCAAGACAUCAGUCAGGAAGUUAAAGCUUAGUCGCAAAUGGGUCUUCCAAAUGGACAAUGACCCCAAGCAUACUUCCAAAGUUGUGGCAAAAUGACUUAAGGACGACAAAGUCAAGGUAUUGGAGUUGCCAUCACAAAGCCCUGACCUCAAUCCUAUAGAACAUUUGUGGGCAGAACUGCUAAAGGGUGUGCGAGCAAGGAGGCCUACAAACCUGACUCAGUUACACCAGCUCUGUCAGGAGGAAUGGGCCAAAAUUCACCCAACUUAUUGUGGGAAGCUUGUGGAAGGCUACCCGAAAACGUUUGACCCAAGUUAAACAAUUUAAAAGCAAUGCUACCAAAUACUAAUUGAGUGUAUGUAAACUUCUGACCCACUGGGAAUGUGCUGAAAGAAAUAAUUCUCUCUACUAUUAUUCUGAUAUUUCACAUUCUUAAAAUAAAGUGGUGAUCCUAACUGACCUAAAAUGGGGAAUUGUUACUCGGAUUAAAUGUCAGGAAUUGUGAAAAACUGAGUUUAAAUGUAUUUGGCUAAGGUGUAUGUAAACUUCCGACUUCAACUAUACACUUUAUGAAGCAGUGCACUAUGAAGGGCAUAGGGUACCGUUUGGGACACAGACAGAGAGAGGGAUAGGGGAUAGAUUCACCUGACUCUACCUCAGCCUGUUAUAGUGGAGAGCACCUGGUGACUCUACCUCAGCCAUGUUAUAGUGGAGAGCACCUGGUGACUCAUACCUCAGCCUGUUAGAGUGGAGAGCACCAUGGUGACUCUACCUCAGCCUGUUAUGGUGGAGAGCACCCUGGUGACUCUACCUCAGGCCUGCUUAUAGUGGAGUAGCACCUGGUGACUCAUACCUCAGCCUGGUUAUAGUGGAGGCACCUGGUGACUCUACCUCAGCCAUGUUUAUAGUGGAGACGUAACCUGGGGACUCCUACCUCAGCCUGUUUAUAGUGGAGAGCACCUGGUGACUCUACCCUCAGCCUGUUUAUAGUGGAGAGCACCUGGUGACUCUACCUCGGCCUGAUUAUAGUGGAGAUGGCACCUGGUGACUAUACCCUAUCAGCCUGUUAUAGUGGAGAGGCACCUGGUGACUCUUACCGUCAGCCGUUUAUAGUGGAGAGCAACCUGGGACCUACCUCAGCCUGUUUUAUAGUGGAGAGCACCUGGUGACUCUACCUCAGCCUGUUAUAGUGGAGAGCACCUGGUGACUCUACCUCAGCCUGUUAUAGUGGAGAGCACCUGGUGACUCUACCUCAGCCUGUUAUAGUGGAGAGCACCUGGUGACUGUCCCUCAGCCUGUUAUAGUGGAGAGCACCUGGUGACUCUACCUCAGCCUGUUAUAGUGGAGAGCACCUGGUGACUGUCCCUCAGCCUGUUAUAGUGGAGAGCACCUGGUGACUCUACCUCAGCCUGUUAUAGUGGAGAGCACCUGGUGACUGUCCCUCAGCCUGUUAUAGUGGAGAGCACCUGGUGACUCUACCUCAGCCUGUUAUAGUGGAGAGCACCUGGUGACUGUACCUCAGCCUGUUAUAGUGGAGAGCACCUGGUGACUCUACCUCAGCCUGUUAUAGUGGAGAGCACCUGGGUGACUCUACCUCAGCCUGUUAUAGUGGAGAGCACCUGGUGACUCUACCUCAGCCUGUUAUAGUGGAGAGCACUGGUGACUCUACCUCAGCCUGUUAUAGUGGAGAGCACUGGUGACUUCUACCUCAGCCUGUUAUAGUGGAGAGCACCUGGUGACUCUACCAUCAGCCUGUUAUAGUGGAGAGCACCUGGUGACUCUACCUCAGCCUGUUUAUAGUGGAGAGCACCUGGUGACUCUACCUCAGCCUGUUAUAGUGGAGAGCACCUGGUGACUCUACCUCAGCCUGUUAUAGUGGAGAGCACCUGGUGACUCUACCUCAGCCUGUUAUAGUGGAGAGCACCUGGUGACUCUACCUCAGCCUGUUAUAGUGGAGAGCACCUGGUGACUCUACCUCAGCCUGUUAUAGUGGAGAGCACCUGGUGACUCUACCUCAGCCUUUAUAGUGGAGAGCACCUGGUGACUCUACCUCAGCCUGUUAUAGUGGAGAGCACCUGGUGACUCUACCUCAGCCUGUUAUAGUGGAGAGCACCUGGUGACUCUACCUCAGCCUGUUAUAGUGGAGAGCACCUGGUGACUGUACCCUCAGCCUGUUAUAGUGGAGAGCACCUGGUGACUGUCCCUCAGCCUGUUAUAGUGGAGAGCACCUGGUGACUGUCCCGCAUCCUGUUAUAGUGGGAGCACCUGGUGACUCGACCUCAGCCUGUUAUAGUGGAGAGCACCUGGGUGACUGUCCUCAGCCUGUUAUGUGGAGAGCACCUGGUGACUGUCCCUCAGCCUGUUAUAGUGGGAGAGCAACCUGGUGACUCUACCUCAGCCUGUUAUAGUGGAGAGCACCUGGUGACUCUACCUCAGCCUGUUAUAGUGGAGAGCACCUGGUGACUGUACCUCAGCCUGUUAUAGUGGAGAGCACCUGGUGACUCUACCUCAGCCUGUUAUAGUGGAGAGCACCUGGUGACUCUACCUCAGCCUGUUAUAGUGGAGAGCACCUGGUGACUCUACCUCAGCCUGUUAUAGUGGAGAGCACCUGGUGACUGUCCCCUCGCCUGUUGUAGAGGAGAGCACCUGGUGACUCUACCUCAGCCUGUUAUAGUGGAGAGCACCUGGUGACUCUACCUCAGCCUGUUAUAGUGGAGAGCACCUGGUGACUGGUGACUGUCCCUCAGCCUGUUAUAGUGGAGAGCACCUGGUGACUGUCCCUCAGCCUGUUAUAGUGGAGAGCACCUGGUGACUGUCCCUCAGCCUGUUGUAGAGGAGAGCACCUGGUGACUCUACCUCAGCCUGUUAUAGUGGAGAGCACCUGGUGACUGGUGACUCUACCUCAGCCUGUUAUAGUGGAGAGCACCUGGUGACUCUACCUCAGCCUGUUAUAGAGGAGAGCACCUGGUGACUCUACCUCAGCCUGUUAUAGUGGAGAGCACCUGGUGACUCUACCUCAGCCUGUUAUAGUGGAGAGCACCUGGUGACUGUCCCUCAGCCUGUUAUAGUGGAGAGCACCUGGUGACUCUACCUCAGCCUGUUAUAGUGGAGAGCACCUGGUGACUCUACCUCAGCCUGUUAUGUGGAGAGCACCUGGUGACUGUCCUUCAGCCUGUUAUAGUGGAGAGCACCUGGUGACUUCACCUCAGCCUGUUAUAGUGGAGAGCACCUGGUGACUCUACCUCAGCCUGUUAUAGUGGAGAGCACCUGGUGACUCUACCUCAGCCUGUUUAGUGGAGAGCACCUGGUGACUCUACCUCAGCCUGUUAUAGUGGAGAGCACCUGGUGACUCUACCUCAGCCUGUUAUAGUGGAGAGCACCUGGUGACUCUACCUCAGCCUGUUAUAGUGGAGAGCACCUGGUGACUCUACCUCAGCCUGUUAUAGUGGAGAGCACCUGGUGGACUCUACCUCAGCCUGUUAUAGUGGAGAGCACCUGGUGACUCUACCUCAGCCUGUUAUAGUGGAGAGCACCUGGUGACUCUACCUCAGCCUGUUAUAGUGGAGAGCACCUGGUGACUCUACCUCAGCCUGUUAUAGUGGAGAGCACCUGGUGACUCUACCUCAGCCUGUUAUAGUGGAGAGCACCUGGUGACUGUCCCUCAGCCUGUUAUAGGGAGAGCACCUGGUGACUCUACCUCAGCCUGUUAUAGUGGAGAGCACCUGGUGACUGGUACUCCCUGUUAUAGUGGAGAGCACCUGGUGACUCUACCUCAGCCUGUUAUAGUGGAGAGCACCUGGUGACUGUACCUCAGCCUGUUAUAGUGGAGAGCACCUGGUGACUGUCCCCCAGCCUGUUAUAGUGGAGAGCACCUGGUGACUGUCCCUCAGCCUGUUAUAGUGGAGAGCACCUGGUGACUUUCCUCACCGAAUGGGGUUUAGCCUGUUAUAGUGGAGAGCACCUGGUGACUCUACCUCAGCCUGUUAUAGUGGAGAGCACCUGGUGACUCUACCCUCAGCCUGUUUAGUGGAGAGCACCUGGUGACUGUACCUCAGCCUGUUAUAGUGGAGAGCACCUGGUGACUGGUGACUGUCCCUCAGCCUGUUAUAGUGGAGAGCACCUGGUGACUCUACCUCAGCCUGUUAUAGUGGAGAGCACCUGGUGACUGGUGACUGUCCCUCAGCCUGUUAUAGUGGAGAGCACCUGGUGACUCUACCUCAGCUGUUAUAGUGGAGAGCACCUGGUGACUCUACCUCAGCCUGUUUAUAGUGGAGAGCACCUGGUGACUCUACCUCAGCUGUUAUAGUGGAGAGAACCUGGUGACUCUACCUCAGCCUGUUAUAGUGGAGAGCACCUGGUGACUCUACCUCAGCCUGUUAUAGUGGAGAGCACCUGGUGACUCUACCUCCAGCCUGUUAUAGUGGAGAGCACCUGGUGACUCUACCUCAGCCUGUUAUAGUGGAGAGCACCUGGUGACUCUACCUCAGCCUGUUAUAGAGGAGAGCACCUGGUGACGUCCCUCAGCCUGUUAUAGUGGAGAGCACCUGGUGACUCUACCUCAGCCUGUUAUAGUGGAGAGCACUGGUGACUUACCUCAGCCUGUUAUAGUGGAGAGCACCUGGUGACUCUACCUCAGCCUGUUAUAGUGGAGAGCACCUGGUGACUGUCCCUCAGCCUGCUUAUAGCUGUGAGGAGAGCACCUGGUGACUCUACCUCAGCCUGUUAUAGGGAGAGCACCUGGUGACUGGUACCCUCAGCCUGUUAUAGUGGGGGGAGCACCUGGUGACUGUACCUCAGCCUGUUAUAGUGGAGAGCACCUGGUGACUGUACCUCAGCCUGUUAUAGUGGAGAGCACCUGGCGUGACUGUCCCUCAGCCUGUUAUAGUGGAGAGCACCUGGUGACUGUCCUUUAGCCUGUUAUAGUGGAGAGCACCUGGUGACUGGUGACUCUCAGCCUGUUAUAGUGGAGAGCACCUGGUGACUGGUGACGAUCCCAGCCUGUUAUAGUGGAGAGCACCUGGUGACUGCUACCUCAGCCUGUUAUAGUGGAGAGCACCUGGUGACUCUACCUCAGCCGUUAUAGUGGAGGGGCACCUGGUGACUUGGGAACUGUCCCUAGCCUGUAUAGUGGAGAGCACCUGGUGACUCUGACCUCAGCCUGUUAUAGUGGAGAGCACCUGGUGACUGUACCUCAGCCUGUUAUAGUGGAGAGCCACUGGUGACUUACCUCAGCCUGUUAUAGUGGAGAGCACGUGGUGACUGUCCUUUAGCCUGUUAUAGUGGAGAGCACCUGGUGACUGGCUUCCCUCAGCCUGUUAUAGUGGAGAGCACCUGGUGACUGGUGACUGUCCCUCAGCCUGUUAUAGUGGAGAGCACCUGGUGACUGUCCCUCAGCCUGUUAUAGUGGAGAGCACCUGGUGACUCUACCUCAGCCGGUUAUAGUGGAGAGCACCUGGUGACUGGUGACUGUCCCUCAGCCUGUUAUAGUGGAGAGCACCUGGUGACUCUACCUCAGCCUGUUAUAGUGGAGAGCACCUGGUGACUGUACCUCAGCCUGUUAUAGUGGAGAGUGACUGGUGACUCUACCUCAGCCUGUUAUAGUGGGAGCACCUGGUGACUGGUGACUGUACCUCAGCCUGUUAUAGUGGAGAGCACCUGGUGACUGUCCCUCAGCCUGUUAUAGUGGAGAGUGACUGGUGACUCUACCUCAGCCUGUUAUAGUGGAGAGCACCUGGUGACUGUCCCUCUGCCUGUUAUAGAGGAGAGCACCUGAUGACUGUCCCUCAGCCUGUUAUAGUGGAGAGCACCUGGUGACUGUCCCUCAGCCUGUUAUAGUGGAGAGCACCUGGUGACUGUCCCUCAGCCUGUUAUGUGGAGAGACUGGUGACUCUACCUCAGCCUGUUGUAGUGGAGAGCACCUGGUGACUGGUGACUGUCCCUCAGCCUGUUAUAGUGGAGAGCACCUUUUGGGGACUCUACCUCAGCCUGUUAUAGUGGAGAGUGACUGGUGACUCUACCUCAGCCUGUUAUAGAGGAGAGCACCUGGUGACUCUACCUCAGCCUGUUAUAGUGGAGAGCACCUGGUGACUGUACCUCAGCCUGUUAUAGUGGAGAGCACCUGGUGACUCUACCUCAGCCUGUUAUAGUGGAGAGCACCUGGUGACUGUCCCUCAGCCUGUUAUAGUGGAGAGCACCUGGUGACUGUCCCUCAGCCUGUUAUAGUGGAGAGCACCUGGUGACUGUCCCUCAGCCUGUUAUAGUGGAGAGGACGGACCUAGCUGUAUGGGAGAGUGACUGGUGACUGUCCCUCAGCCUGUUGUAGUGGAGAGCACCUGGUGACUGGUGACUGUCCCUCAGCCUGUUGUAGUGGAGAGCACCUGGUGACUGGUGACUGUCCCUCAGCCUGUUAUAGUGGAGAGUAUGUGAUUACUGUACCUCAGCCUGUUAUAGUGGAGAGCACCUGGUGACUCUACCUCAGCCUGUUAUAGUGGAGAGCACCUGGUGACUGUACCUCAGCCUGUUAUAGUGGAGAGCACCUGGUGACUGUCCCUCAGCCUGUUAUAGUGGAGAGCACCUGGUGACUGUCCUCAGCUUUAUAGUGGAGAGCACCUGGUGACCUGUCCCAGCCUGUUAUAGUGGAGAGCACCUGGUGAUGGUGAGUCCUCAGCCUGUUAUAGAGGAGAGCACCUGGUGACUCUACCUCAGCCUGUUUAGUGGAGAGCACCUGGUGACUGGUGCUUCCUCAGCCUGUUAUAGUGGAGAGCACCUGGUGACUGGUGACUGUCCUUCAGCCUGUUAUAGUGGAGAGCACCUGGUGACUGUACCUCAGCCUGUUAUAGUGGAGAGCACCUGGUGACUGGUGACUGUCCCUCAGCCUGUUAUAGUGGAGAGCACUGGUGACUGGUGACUGUCCUUCAGCCUGUUAUAGUGGAGAGCACCUGGUGACUCUACCUCAGCCUGUUGUAGUGGAGAGCACCUGGUGACUGGUGACUGUCCCUCAGCCUGUUAUAGUGGAGAGCACCUGGUGACUGGUGACUGUCCUUCAGCCUGUUAUAGUGGAGAGCACCUGGUGACUGUCCCUCAGCCUGUUAUAGUGGAGAGCACCUGGUGACGGUGAUGUCCCUCAGCCUGUUAUAGAGGAGAGCACCUGGUGACCUACUCAGCCUGUUGUAGUGGAGAGCACCUGGUGACUGUCCCUCAGCCUGUUAUAGUGGAGAGCACCUGGUGACUGGUGACUGUCCUUCAGCCUGUUAUAGUGGAGAGCACCUGGUGACUGUACCUCAGCCUGUUAUAGUGGAGAGCACCUGGUGACUGGUGACUGUCCCUCAGCCUGUUAUAGUGGAGAGCACAUGGUGACUGGUGACUGUCCUUCAGCCUGUUUAGUGGAGAGCACCUGGUGACUGUCCCUCAGCCUGUUAUAGUGGAGAGCACUGGUGACUGGUGACUGUCCCUCAGCCUGUUAUAGUGGAGAGCACCUGGUGACUGGUGACUGUCCCUCAGCCUGUUAUAGUGGAGAGCACCUGGUGACUGUCCCUCAGCCUGUUAUAGUGGAGAGCACCUGGUGACUCUACCUCAGCCGGUUUAUAGGUGGAGAGCACCUGGUGACUGGGACUGUCCCUCAGCCUGUAUAGUGGAGAGCACCUGGGUGACUCUACCUCAGCUGUUAUAGUGGAGAGCACUGGUGACUGUACCUCAGCCUGUUAUAGUGGGAGGACUGGUGACUCUACCUCAGCCUGUUAUAGUGGAGAGCACCUGGGAUUGGGACUGUACCUCAGCUGUUAUAGUGGAGGCACCUGGUGACUGGUGCUGCCUCAGCUGUUAAGUGGAGAGCACCUGGUGACUCUACCUCAGCCUGUUAUAGUGGAGAGCACCUGGUGACUGGUGACUGUCCCUCAGCCUGUUAUAGUGGAGAGCACCUGGUGACUGGUGACUCUACCUCAGCCUGUUAUAGUGGAGAGUAUGUGGUUACUGUAGCUCAGCCAAUGGUGUUGGAGGCCUCCCCUGCUGCCAUGCUGGUGUAUGUUUUUAUUACUGAGGAGGAACCUCUUGACCCGUAGGGGAGGAUCCCAAUCUCAUCUACAUAUCAGCGUUAGGGGUGUGUGUUUUACAUCCCGAAGAGCUGCAGUCUAAAGGUGACCUGAUUUAUUAUUGUUGUCUAUCAAACUCAUUCCACGGAAACAGUUCAGUGAAUGCAAUAUGUUUUAAUAUUGUCUCUAGUUCUCUGCCAUAUCAUGUAUUUGUUGCCACAGCUCAAGGCCUUUUCAGGGUGUGUUUCCAAGAGGAAUGGCGUAGGCUUUAAGGAGCAAAUGACCGCCUGCUGACCAAAUGAAAUGAAGCCAGCACUCACUUGAUGCACAACUUGUAAUUGAAGCUUUGUUUUAUUGUUGUUGUUUUUUAAGCAAUAUGUCUUAUUAGAUCACAUACUAUUAUAUGUUUGGGCUUGCACCUUCAGUGUGUUUGUGACACCAUUCACUUUCUCACUAAAUGGUGUGUCUCUGCAGAGGGAGUCCGCCAGGUGUUUCCCCCCCAGUUUUACUCACCUUCUGUAUUCUGUCUCUCUCAAAUCAAAUCAAAUCAAAUCAAAUUUUAUUGGCCACAUGCGCCGAAUACAACAGGUGCAGACAUUACAGUGAAAUGCUUACUUACAGCCCUUAACCAACAGUGCAUUUAUUUUUAAUAAAAAAGUAAAAUAAAACAACAACAAAAAAGUGUUGAGAAAAAAAGAGCAGAAGUAAAAUAAAAGAACAGUAGGGAGGCUAUAUAUACAGGGGGGUACCGGUGCAGAGUCAAUGUGCGGGGGCACCGGCUAAUAUGUACUCUCCCUCCCCAGAGGGCGUCCCCCAGGUGUUCUUCCCCCCAGUUUCUGUAUUCUGUCUCUCUCCCUCCCCAGAGGGCGUCCCCAGGUGUUUUCCCCCAGUUUCUGUAUUCUGUCUCUCUCCCUCCCCAGAGGGCGUCCCCCAGGUGUUUUCCCCCCAGUUUCUGUAUUCUGUCUCUCUCCCUCCCCAGAGGGCGUCCCCCAGGUGUUCUACUUUGGGCCCUGUGGGAAGUAUAAUGCCAUGGUUCUGGAGCUACUGGGUCCUAGUCUGGAAGACCUGUUCGAUCUGUGUGACAGAACCUUCUCCCUCAAGACCGUCCUCAUGAUCGCCAUUCAGCUGGUACAAAUACACACACUGUUUCACUUCACCUCUCUGUCGGUCUCUGAAUCGGUGUCUCGUUAUAUACAGUGGCAAGAAAAAGUAUGUGAACCCUUUGGAAUUACCUGGAUUUCUGCGUAAAUUGGUCAUAAAAUUUGGUCUGAUCUUGAUCUAAGUCAAAACAAUAGACAACCACAGUGUGCUAAAACUAAUAACACACAAACAAUGAUACGUUUUCAUGUCUUUAUUGAACAAACCGUGUAAACAUUCACAGUGCAUGGUGGGAAAAGGAUAUGAAGCCUUGGAUUUAAUAACUGGUUGACCCUCCUUUGGCAGCAAUAACCUCGACCAAACGUUUUCUGUAGUUGCGGAUCAGACCUGAACAACAGUCAGGAGGAAUUAUGGAACAUUCCUCUUCACAAAACCCGUUUCAGUUCAGCAAUAUUAUUGGGAUGUCUGGUGUGAACCGCUCUCGAGGUCAUGCCACAGCAUCUCAAUGGGGUUGAGGUCAGAACUCUGACUGGGCCACUCCAGAAGGCGUAUUUUCUUCUGUUGAAGUGUUGAUUUACUUCUGGGUUUUGGGUCGUUGUCCUGUUGCAUCACCCAACUUCUGUUGAGCUUCAAUUGGAGGACAGAUAGCCUGACAUUCUCCUUCAGAAUGUCUUGAUUAACUUGGGAAUUCAUUUUUCCGUUGACGAUAGCAAGCUGUCCAGGCCCUGAGGCAGCAAAGCAGCCCCAAACCAUGAUGCUCCCUCCACCAUACUUUACAGUUGGGAUGAGGUUUUGAUGUUGGUGUGCUGUGCCUUUUUUUCUCCACACAUAGUGUUGUGUGUUCCUUCCUUCCAAACAACUCAACUUUAGUUUCAUCUGUCCACAGAAUAUUUUGCCAGUAGCGCUGUGGAACAUCCAGGUGCUCUUUUGCGAACUUCAGACGUGCAGCAAUGUUUUUUUUUGGACAUCAGUGUCUUCUUCUGUGGUGUCCUCCCAUGAACACCAUUCUUGUUUAGUGUUUUACGUAUCGUAGACUCGUCAGCAGAGAUGUUAGCAUGUUCCAGAGAUUUCUGUAAGUCUUUAGCUGACUCUAGGAUUCUUCUUAACCUCGUUGAGCGUUCUGCGCUGUGCUCUUGCAGUCGUCUCUGCAGGACGGCCACUCCUUGGGAGAGUAGCAACAGUGCUGAACUUUCUCCAUUUACAGACAAUUUGUCUUACCGUGGACUGAUGAACAUCAAGGCUUUUAGAGAUACUUUUGAAACGCUUUCCAGCUUUAUGCAAGUCAACCAUUCUUAAUCUUAGGUCUUCUGAGAUCUCUUUUGUUCGAGGCAUGGUUCACAUCAGGCAAGGCUUCUUGUGAACAGCGAACUCACAUUUUUGUGAGUGUUUUUUUUUAUAGGGCAGGGCACCUCUAAUCAACAUCUCCGAUCUCGUCUCAUUGGUUGGACUCCAGGUCAGCUGACUCCUGCCUCCAAUUAGCUUUCGGAGAAGUCAUUAGCCUACGGGGUUCACAUACUUUUUCCAACCUACACUGUGAAUGUUUAAAUGAUGUAUUCAAUAUAGACAAGAAAAAAACAAUAAUAUGUGUGUUAUUAGUUUAAGCACACUGUGUUUGUUUUGACUGAAGAUCAGAUCACAUUUUAUGACCAAUUUAUGCAGAAAUCUAAGUAAUUCCAAAGUGUUCACAAACUUUUUCUUGCCACUGUAUCACUCUCUCUUUCUCUCUCGCUCUCACUCUCUCUCGCUCUGUGUAUAUAUAUAUAUGCCAUUUAUCCAAAGCGUGCAUACAUUUUACGUAGAUUUUUACGGGUGGUCCUGGGAAUCAAACCCACUGGCGACCAACUGAACCUCUUGGUGUUCUCCCCCAGAUCACGCGGAUGGAGUUCGUCCAAACCAGGAGUCUGAUCUACCGGGACGUGAAGCCAGAGAACUUCCUGGUUGGCCGGCCCGGCAGCAAGCGCCAGCACACCAUCCACAUCAUCGACUUCGGCCUGGCCAAAGAGUACAUCGACCCAGAGACCAAGAAACACAUCCCCUACAGGGAGCACAAGAGCCUGACUGGCACCGCACGCUACAUGAGCAUCAAUACUCACCUGGGCAAAGGUAAGGAGCCUGAUGGGCACUACAUGAGCAUCAAUACUCACCUGGGCAAAGGUAAGGAGCCUGAUGGGCGCUACAUGAGCAUCAAUACUCACCUGGGCAAAGGUAAGGAGCCUGAUGGGCGCUACAUGAGCAUCAAUACUCACCUGGGCAAAGGUAAGGAGCCUGAUGGGCACUACAUGAGCAUCAAUACUCACCUGGGCAAAGGUAAGGAGCCUGAUGGGCACUACAUGAGCAUCAAUACUCACCUGGGCAAAGGUAAGGAGCCUGAUGGGCACUACAUGAGCAUCAAUACUCACCUGGGCAAAGGUAAACCCACUGGCGACCGAGUGGCGCAGUAGUCUAAGGCACACUGCAUAUCAGUGCUCGAGGCGUCACUACAGACCCCCUGGUUCGAUCCCAGGCUGUAUCACAACCGGCCGUGAUCGGGAGUCCCAUAGGGCGGCGCACAAUUGGCCCAGUGUCGUCCGGGUUUGGCUGGUGUAGGCCGUCAUUGUAAAUAAGAAUUUGUUCUUAACUGACUUGCCUGGUUAAAUAAAGGUAAAAUAAAAAACAGCCUGAUUUGAUGUAUUCUGUAUUAUCCAGGUGAUCCCAUGGAUAGAAUAUAUUUUACAAGAAAGACCCAAAAAGAAUUUACAUGACAAAGAUGGAGGAAGAUGAGCGUUUCCAAUGACAUCAUCGGUGUGCAUCAUGUGAUUUUAACAAGUUAUGAGGAGGCAUUGCCUACUAAUUGCCUACUAAUUGUCAACUAAUUGGCUGAUGAUGUCAUUGGGAACACUUAUCUCCUAUCUGUUUUACUACAAAACAUAGAAACGCUCCAUUUUCACAUAUGUUGAUGUUGGGGUGGUGUUGGAGAUGAUGAAUAUGAAUUUGAACAUUUUUGAAAAUGUCCCUUUUUAAGGCAGAUUUUAAAUAUUGUCAUGUUAAAUCAAUGGAUGCCCUUUCUGAUCCAACCAUGUUUGUCCUCGUUGAAAUCCCCAAUCCAAACUUCAUUACUCUUAGAGGUCUAAAAAUGUUGGUUUCACAGAAACUCAAUUGAAAGUGUUUUUAGUCCAGGAGUAGGUAACCUGGAUCGGAGAAAACAGCCCUAAUGCAUUACAUUUUCUACAUCAGUCGUUGAAUCAGGGUGGCUAAUUAUGGAACUGUUUUAUGGAUUGGUCUAUUUAUCUGGUUCAACAGUUAGGAUUGUCAGCAUCAGUGAUUUGCUUUGUUUGAAACGGUGUGUAUGUGAAGGUGUGUGUGUGUGGUGUGUGUGUCUCUCUGAAACUGUGUUUUGUUUCCUGUCUCUCUGUAGAACAAAGCAGGAGAGACGACCUGGAAGCUCUAGGUCACAUGUUCAUGUACUUCCUGCGAGGCAGUCUGCCCUGGCAAGGCCUGAAGGUAGGAACUCACACCUUAAGGUUAGGAACCAGCUCGUUACUCUUGAUCAGUUGAUCAAAUGUCCAACUAGUUACUGUAGAUCAGUUGAUCAAAGGUCCAGCUAGUUACUGUUGAUCAGUUGAUCAAAGGUCCAGCUAGUUACUGUUGAUCAAUGGUCCAGCUAGUUACUGUUGAUUAAUGGUCCAGCUAGUUACUGUUGAUCAAUGGUCCAGCUAGUUACUGUUGAUCAGGUUGUGUAUGACAGUAGCUGUGGUGUCCUGUCUGUCAGUCACACAGCCGCCAGUCACACAGCCGCCAGUCACACAGCCGCCAGUCACACAGCCGCCAGUCACACAGCCGCCAGUCACACAGCCGCCAAUCACACAGCCGCCAGUCACACAGCCGCCAGUCACACAGCCGCCAGUCACACAGCCGCCAGUCACACAGCCGUCAGUCACACAGCCGUCAGUCACACAGCCGCCAGUCACACAGCCGCCAGUCACACAGCCGUCAGUCACACAGCCGUCAGUCACACAGCCGCCAGACACACAGCCGCCAGUCACACAGCCGCCAGUCACAUGUCUCUAUGCACAUCACUGAGACGGACUUCACAUUACAUUGUUCAGAGAGAAAGUUGUCUGUUGUGACACCUAUAUCAAAAGUUACCCAUCACAAUUCCCUGAUUGGUCUGUUUGCCCUUUAACAGAAUUAAAAAUACCCAACAGGCAAUGAAGUCUGUCUCUCUCGCUCUGUCUCAUUUCUCUCCCUGUGUCCUCUCUAUCCCGUCUCUGCUCUCUCGUCUCCUUUGUCUACCUUCUGUUUCCCUCUUCUGUCUGCCUAUCAUCUUGCUAUACUAAUCUCUCUUCUACUAUCUUGUCAUCUCUACUAUCUCUUCUAUAUUCUUUCUCUCUCUUGCUCCUAUAUCGUCUCUCUUCUGUAUGUUCGUCUCCUCUUCCUGCUCGUCUCUAUCGCUCUCUCUCUAUCUCUCUAGCUCUCUAUCGAUCUAUCAUCUCACUCUCUAUCUCCGCUAUCUCUCUGCUCUCUCUCUUAUCUCUUCUCUCUUCUCUCGUCUAUCUCUCCCCUUCUCCUCCUCUCUCUAGCAUCUCUACCUAUCCAGGAGAAACGAAGGAGCGCUAUCAGAACGAUAGGCGGACACCAGAGAGCCACGCCAUCGAGGUGCUGUGUGAGAGCUUCCAGUCGUGUAUCAUCAUGUUUAGUACCGGGUCGGGAACCCCCUUUGGUAUCAAGGGACCUAACGUGUACCAGGGAAAACAUUCCCCACACCACCACCACCAGCCUGUACCGUUGACACCAGGCAGGAUGGGGUCAUGGACUCAUGCUGCUUACACCAAAUCCUGACUCAUCAGCAUGACGCAACAGGAACAGGGAUUUGUGUUCCAUCCUGUAUUUAAUGUGCUCCUUCCUGUAUUUAAUGUGUGUCUCCCUGUAUUUAAUGUGUCUCCCUGUAGAAGAGAUGGCCACCUACCUGCGUUAUGUGCGGCGGCUGGACUUCUUUGAGAAGCCGGACUAUGACUACUUACGGAAACUCUUCACUGACCUCUUCGAUAGGAACGGCUACGUCUUUGACUACGAGUACGACUGGGUCGGCAAGCCACUGGUCAGUCCCUAAUAUAACCCUAACCCCUCAGUCCUAACCCUAGUAUUAUCCCUCAGCCCUAACCCUAGUUUAUCCCUCAGUCCUAACCCUAGUAUUAUCCCUCAGUCCUAACCCUAGUAUUAUCCCUCAGUCUAACCCUAGUAUUAUCCCUCAGUCCUAACCCUAGUAUUAUCCCUCAGUCCUAACCCUAGUAUUAUCCCUCAGCCUAACCCUAGUAUACCCUCAGUCCUAAAAACCAAAGUAGUAUCCCUCAGCCCUAACCCUAGUAUUAUCCUCAGUCCUAACCCUAACCCCUCAGUCCUACCCUAGUAUUAUCCCUCAGCCUAACCUAGUAUUAUCCCUUAGCCCUAACCCUAGUAUUAUCCCUCAGUCCUAACCCUAGUAUUAUCCCUCAGUCCUAACCCUAACCCCUCAGUCCUAACCCUAGUAUUACCUCAGUCCUAACCCUAGAUUAUCCCUCAGGUCCUAACACUAGUAUUAUCCUCAGUCAACCCUAGUUUUAUCCCUCAGCCCUAACCCAGUAUUACCCCUCAGUCCUAACCUAGUAUAUCCCUCAGUCCUAACCUAGUAUUAUCCCUCAGCCCUAACCAUAGUAUUAUCCCUCAGCCCUAACCCUAGUAUAUCCCUCAGUCUAACCCUAGUAUUAUCCCUCAGCCCUAACCUAGUAUAUCCCUCAGUCCUAACCCUAGUAUUAUCCCUCAGCCCUAACCCUAGUAUUAUCCCUCAGCCCUAACCCUAGUAUUAUCCCUCAGUCCUAACCCUAGUAUUAUCCCUCAGUCCUAACCCUAGUAUUAUCCCUCAGUCCUAACCCUAGUAUUAUCCCUCAGUCCUAACCCUAGUAUUAUCCCUCAGUCCUAACCCUAACCCUCAGUCCUAACCCUAGUAUUAUCCUCAGCCCUAACCCUAACACCACAGUCCUAACCCUAGUAUUAUCCUCAGCCCUAACCCUAGUAUUAUCCCUCAGUCCAAAACCCUAGUAUAUCCUCAGUCCUAACCACUAGUAUAUCCCUCAGUCCUAACCCUAGUAUUAUCCCUCAGUCCUAACCCUAACCCCUCAGUCCUAACCCUAGUAUUAUCCCUCAGCCCUAACCCUAACCCUCAGUCUAACCCUAGUAUAUCCCUCAGUCUAACCCUAGUAUUAUCCCUCAGUCCUAACCUAGUAUUAUCCCUCAGUCCUAACCCUAACCCUCAGUCCUAACCUAGUAUUAUCCCUCAGUCCUAACCCUAGUAUAUCCCUCAGUCCUAACCCUAGUAUUAUCCCUCAGUCCUAACCUAGUAUAAUCCUCAGUCCUAACCCUAGUAUAUCCCUCAGUCCUAACCCUAGUAUUAUCCCUCAGUCCUAACCCUAGUAUUAUCCCUCAGUCCUAACCCUAGUAUUAUCCCUCAGUCCUAACCCUAGUAUUAUCCCUCAGUCCUAACCCUAACCCCUCAGUCCUAACCCUAGUAUUAUCCCUCAGUCCUAACCCCUAACCCCACCAGUCUAACCCUAGUAUUAUCCUCAGUCCAAAACCUAACCCCACAGUCCUAACCCUAGUAUUAUCCCUCAGUCCUAACCCUAGUAUUAUCCCUCAGUCCUAACCCUAGUAUUAUCCCUCAGUCCUAACCCUAGUAUUAUCCCUCAGUCCUAACCCUAACCCCUCAGUCCUAACCCUAGUAUUAUCCCUCAGUCCUAACCCUAACCCCACAGUCCUAACCCUAGUAUUAUCCCUCGCCUAACCUAGUAUUACCUAGUUCAACCCUAGUAUUAUCCCUCAGUCCUAACCCUAGUAUUAUCCUCAGUCCUAACCCUAGUAUUAUCCCUCAGCCUAACCCUAACCCCUCAGUCCUAACCUAGUAUUAUCCCUCAGCCCUAACCCUAACCCCUCAGUCCUAACCCUAGUAUUAUCCCUCAGCCCUAACCCUAACCCCACAGUCCUAACCCUAGUAUUAUCCCUCAGUCCUAACCCUAGUAUUAUCCCUCAGUCCUAACCCUAGUAUUAUCCCUCAGUCUAACCUAGUAUUAUCCAUCAUUUCCCCUAACCCCUCAGUCCUAACCCUAGUAUUAUCCCUCAGUCCUAACCUAGUAUUAUCCCUCAGUCCUAACCCUAGUAUAUCCCUCAGUCCUAACCCUAGUAUAUCCCUCAGUCCUAACCCUAGUAUUAUCCCUCAGUCCUAACCCUAACCCUCAGUCCUAACCUAGUAUAUACCUCAGUCCUAACCCUAGUAUUAUCCCUCAGUCAUAACCUAGUAUUAUCCCUCAGCCCUAACCCUAUCCCUCAGUCCUAACCUAGUAUUAUCCUCAGUCCUAACCCUAGUAUUAUCCCUCAGUCCUAACCCUAGUAUUAUCCCUCAGCCCUAACCCUAGUAUUAUCCCUUAGCCCUAACCCUAGUAUUAUCCCUCAGUCCUAACCCUAGUAUUAUCCCUCAGCCCUAACCCUAACCCCUCAGUCCUAACCCUAGUAUUAUCCCUCAGUCCUAACCCUAGUAUUAUCCCUCAGUCUAACCACUAGUAUUAUCCUCAGUCCUAACCCUAGUAUUAUCCCUCAGCCCUAACCCUAGUAUUAUCCCUCAGUCCAACCCUAGUAUAUCCUCAGUCCUAACCCUAGUAUUAUCCCUCAGCCCUAAACCUAGUAUUAUCCCUCAGCCUAACCUAGUAUAUCCCAGUCCCUAACCUAGUAUUAUCCCUCAGCCAACCCUAGUAUUAUCCCUCAGUCCUAAACCUAGUAUUAUCCUCAGCCCUAACCUAGUAUUAUCCUAGCCCUAACCUAGUAUUAUCCAUCAGCCCUAACCCUAGUAUAUCCCUCAGUCCUAACCCUAGUAUUAUCCCUCAGUCCUAACCCUAGUAUUAUCCCUCAGUCCUAACCCUAGUAUUAUCCUCAGUCCUAAACCCUAGUAUUCCUCAGUCCUAACCUAACCCUCAGUCCUAACCCUAGUAUUAUCCUCAGCCCUAACCCUAACCCCACAGUCCUAACCCUAGUAUUAUCCCUCAGCCCUAACCCCUAGUAUAUCCCUCAGUCCAAACCCUAGUAUUAUCCCUCAGUCCUAACCCUAACCCCUCAGUCCUAACCCUAGUAUUAUCCCUCAGUCCUAACCCUAGUAUUAUCCCUCAGUCCUAACCCUAGUAUUAUCCCUCAGUCCUAACCCUAGUAUUAUCCCUCAGUCCUAACCCUAGUAUUAUCCUCAGUCCUAACCCUAGUAUACCCCUUUCAGUCCUAACCUAGUAUUAUCCCUCAGUCUAACCCUAGUAUUAUCCCUCAGUCCUAACCCUAACCCCUCAGUCCUAACCCUAGUAUUAUCCCUCAGUCCUAACCCUAACCCCACAGUCCUAACCCUAGUAUAUCCCUCAGUCCUAACCCUAACCCCACAGUCCAAAACCCUAGAUUAUCCCUCAGUCCUAACCCUAGUAUUAGCCUCAGUCCUAACCUAGUAUUAUCCUCAGUCCUAACCCUAGUAUUAUCCUCAGUCCAAACCCCUAACCCUCAGUCCUAACCCUAGUAUUAUCCCUCAGUCCUAACCCUAACCCCACAGUCCUAACCCUAGUAUUAUCCCUCAGCCCUAACCCUAGUAUUAUCCCUCAGUCCUAACCCUAGUAUUAUCCCUCAGUCCUAACCCUAGAUUAUCCCUCAGUCCAAAACCCUAACCCCUCAGUCCUAACCCUAGUAUUAUCCUCAGCCCAACCCUAACCCUCAGUCUAACCCUAGUAUUAUCCCUCAGCCCAAACCUAACCCCUCAGUCCUAACCAGUUAUCCCUCAGCCCUAACCCUAACCCCACAGUCUAACCUAGUAUUAUCCUCAGUCCUAACCCUAGUAUUAUCCCUCAGUCCUAACCUGGGAUUAUCCCUCAGUCCUAACCCUAGUAUAUCCCCAGUCCUAACACUAACCCUCAGUCCUAACCCUAGUAUUAUCCCUCAGUCCUACCCUAGUAUUAUCCUCAGUCCUAACCCUAGUAUUACCCUCAGUCCUAACCUAGUAUAUCCUAGUCCUAACCUAGUAUUAUCCCUCAGUAAACCCUAACCCCUCAGUCCUAACCCUAGUAUUAUCCCUCAGUCCUAACCCUAGUAUUAUCCCUCAGUCCUAACCCUAGUAUUAUCCCUCAGUCCUAACCCUAGUAUUAUCCCUCAGUCCUAACCCUAACACCUCAGUCCUAACCCUAGUAUUAUCCCUCAGUCCUAACCCUAACCCCUCAGUCCUAACCCUAGUAUUAUCCCUCAGUCCUAACCCUAACCCUCAGUCCUAACCCUAGUAUAAUCCCUCAGCCCUAACCCUAGUAUUACCCCUCAGUCCUAACCCUAGUAUUAUCCCUCAGUCCUAACCCUAGUAUUAUCCCUCAGUCCUAACCCUAACCCCUCAGUCCUAACCCUAGAUUUUUCCCUCAGUCCUAACCCUAGUAUUAUCCCUCAGUCCAAAACCCUAACCCUCAGUCCUAACCCUAGUAUAAUCCCUCAGCCUAACCUAGUAUUACCCUCAGUCCUAACCCUAGUAUUAUCCCUCAGUCCUAACCCUAACCCUCAGUCCUAACCCUAGUAUUAUCCCUCAGUCCUAACCCUAACCCCUCAGUCCUAACCCUAGUAUUAUCCCUCAGUCCUAACCCUAGUAUUAUCCCUCAGUCCUAACCCUAACCCCUCAGUCCUAACCCUAGUAUUAUCCCUCAGUCCUAACCCUAGUAUUAUCCCUCAGUCCUAACCCUAGUAUUAUCCCUCAGUCCUAACCUAACCCCUCAGUCCUAACCCUAGUAUUAUCCCUCAGCCCUAACCCUAGUAUUAUCCUCAGUCCAACCCUAGUAUUAUCCCUCAGUCCUAACCCUAGUAUUAUCCCUCAGUCCUAACCCUAGAUUAUCCCUCAGCCCUAACCUAGAUUAUCCCUCAGUCCUAAACCUAGUAUUGUCCCUCAGUCCUAACCCUAGUAUUAUCCUCAGUCCUAACCCUAACCCUCAGUCCUAACCCUAGUAUUAUCCUCAGUCCUAACCCUAGUAUUAUCCCUCAGUCCUAACCCUAGUAUUAUCCCUCAGUCCUAACCCUAGUAUUAUCCCUCAGCCCUAACCCUAACCCCUCAGUCCUAACCCUAGUAUUAUCCCUCAGUCCUAACCCUAGUAUUAUCCCUCAGUCCUAACCCUAGUAUUAUCCCUCAGUCCUAACCCUAGUAUUAUCCCUCAGUCCUAACCCUAGUAUUCCCUCAGUCCUAACCCUAGUAUUAUCCCUCAGUCCUAACCCUAGUAUUAUCCCUCAGUCCUAACCCUAGUAUUAUCCCUCAGUCCUAACCCUAACCCCUCAGUCCUAACCCUAGUAUUAUCCCUCAGUCCUAACCCUAGUAUUAUCCCUCAGUCCUAACCCUAGUAUUAUCCCUCAGUCCUAACCCUAGUAUUAUCCCUCAGCCCUAACCCUAAUCCCUCAGUCCUAACCCUAGUAUUAUCCCUCAGUCCUAACCCUAGUAUUAUCCCUCAGUCCUAACCCUAGUAUUAUCCCUUAGCCCUAACCCUAGUAUUAUCCCUCAGUCCUAACCCUAGUAUUAUCCCUCAGUCCUAACCCUAACCCCUCAGUCCUAACCCUAACCCCUCAGUCCUAACCCUAGUAUUAUCCCUCAGCCCUAACCCUAGUAUUAUCCCUCAGCCUAACCCUAGUAUAUCCCUCAGCCCUAACCCUAACCCCCAGUCCUAACCCUAGUAUUAUCCCUCAGUCCUGAUUAUCCCUCAGUCCUUAACCCUAGUAGUAUUAUCCCUCAGUCCUAACCCUAGUAUUAUCCCUCAGUCCAACCCUAGUAUUAUCCUCAGUCCUAACCCUAGUAUUAUCCCUCAGUCCUAACCCUAGUAUUAUUCUGUCCUAACCCUAGUAUUAUCCCUCAGUCCUAACCCUAGUAUUACCCCUCAGUACUAUUCCUGACUAGCCAAUCGUAGUGCACUAUGAAUAUGGAAUUACAGGGUGUGAUUUGGGACAUUCCCCUGCUCUUAUGACCCCUCCUCCUUUUCCCUCAGCCCACUCCUAUUGGCUGUUUAGUUAAUGAUGACCUUUAACCUCUGUCCUCAGCCCACUCCUAUUGGUCCAGUCCCCAGUGAGACCCUCCUACAGUCCAGCAGCAGAGACAAGGCAGCGCAGCAGACCAAAAACCAGGUAGGAGACACACUGGGGACACACUGGGGUAGGGCUGAACACACUGGAGACACACUGGAGACACACUGGACACACACUGGACACACACUGGAGACACAUGGGAGACACACUGGAGACACACUGGAGAACACACUGAACACACACUGGAGACACACUGGAGACACACUGGAGACACACUGGAGACACACUGAACACACACUGGAGACACACUGGAGACACACUGGAGACACACUGGAGACACACACUGAACACACACUGAACACACACUGGAGACACACUGGAGACACACUGGACACACACACUGAACACACACUGGAGACACACUGGAGAACACACACUGGACACACACACUGAAACACACAUGAACACACACACACACUGAACACCACUGAACACACAACACCACACUGGACACACACUGAACACACACACACACACUGGACACACACUGAACACACACACACACUGAACACACACUGGAGACACACUGGAGACACACUGGACACACACACACUGAACACACACUGAACACACACACACUGAACACACACUGGAGACACACUGGAGACACACUGGACACACACACUGAACACACACUGGAGACACACUGGAGACACACUGGAGACACACUGAACACACACACACACUGGACCCCACACACCCCCUGAACACACACUGAACACACACUGAACACACACUGAAACACACACUGGAGACAACUGAACACACACACACACUGGACACACACACACACUGAACACACACUGAACAAAAACAUGAACACACACUGAACACACAAAACAUGAACACACACACACUGAACACACACACACACUGAACACCCACACACACACGGAACACCCACACACACAUGAACACCCACACACACACGGAACACACACACACACACUGAACACACACUGAAACACAAACACACACUGAACACACACUGAACACACAUGAACACACAAACACACUGAACACACACUGAACACACACACACACACACUGAACACACACACUGAACACACACACACACACUGAACACACACACACACACUGAACACACAACACAACACACACACAACACACAACACACACACACGGAACACACACACACGGAACACACACACACACACACCCACACACACACACCAACUGAACACACACACACACCAUGAACACACACACACACUGAACACACACACACAAACACACACUGAACACACAUAUCAUUCAAAUUUCACAAAUGUCAUUCAGCAUUUGCUGAAUUUUACAUUUACAGUGUUCCAAGUUGGCAGCUUCUUACUAACUAUCUGUAGCCUGGUCCCAGGCUAUAUUAGAGAGCAGAAACAGACUGGUAUCCAGGCUAUAUUAGAGAGCAGAAACAGACUGGUAUCCAGGCUAUAUAGGAGACCAGAAACAGACGGUAUCCAGGCUAUAUUAGAGAGCAGAAACAGACUGGUAUCCAGGCUAUAUUAGAGGGGAGCAGAAAACAGACUGGUAUCCAGGCUAGUAUUAGAGGACAGAAACAGACUGGUAUCCAGGCUAUAUUAGAGAGCAGAAAACAGACUGGUAUCCAGGCUAUAUUAAAGAGACCAGAAACAGACUGGUAUCCAGGCUAUAUUAGAGAGCAGAAACAGACUGGUAUCCAGGCUAUAUUAGAGACCAGAAACAGACUGGUAUCCAGGCUAUAUUAGAGAGCAGAAACAGACUGGUAUCCAGGCUAUAUUAAAGAGAGCAGAAACAGACUGGUAUCCAGGCUAUAUUAAAGAGGGCAGAAACAUACUGGUAUCCAGGCUAUAUUAGAGAGCAGAAACAGACUGGUAUCCAGGCUAAACUAAUUGUAUAACUGGCCUUACUCAUCAAACCACAGAUUGCCACUGACAAUGCCACCAGACGCACCAACCGAUGCCAGUCUCAUAACAGCAGCUUGUUCAGUCUCAGCUCACACCAGUGGCUUCUACAGCCGCUUCUGCUUCUGCAUGUCACACGUGUACUCUUCUGCCAUGCACUCCUCCUCACGUGCACUCUUUUCUUCCCACGUCACCGCACCGCCCCUCAGGUCUGUGUUGUCCGUCCUCCGGUAGAGCACUGUCUAAGUAGCUGCCGAAACUGCUGACCGGGAGAGAGACUUCUUUAAACACUGUUUGGUGGUCGUGGUGUCUAUUCCUUCCUCUACGGCCCCCCGGCACCACGCCGCCGCGACGGAACCCGGCACCAGCGGCCGCCCGAGACGGCCGCCGGCACAGGAGCCGCUCGGCACCAGCGCCGCCCGCGACGGCCCCCGGCACAAGCGCCGCCGCACCAGGCGCAGCCGCGACGGCCCCGCACCAGCGCCGCCCGCGCGGCCCCUCUGUGUCACCACGCCGCCGGACGGCGGGCCGGUCACCGAGCGCCGCCCGCGACGGCCGCCGGGGCACCAGGCAGCCCCGGACGGCCGCCGGCACCAGCGCCGCCCGGCGCCAGCGCCGCCGCGACGGCCACGGCACCAGCGCCGCCCGCACCAGCGCCGCCGCGAGCGGCCCCGUGCACGAAGCGCCGCCCGGAAGCGCCGCGGGGGGGCUACCAGCGCCGCGAAGGCCGCCGGCACCAGCGCCGCCAGGACGGCCGCGGCACAUGAGCUCGCCCGCGAACGGCCCCCGGCACCAGGCCGCCCGCGACGGCCGCCGGCGACGAGCGCCGCCCGCUGACGGGCCGCCGGCACCAGCGCCGCACGCCCAAGCUGUCCGCCCGGACGGCCCCGGGCACCAUGCGGCGACCGCGAUCGGCCGCGGGCACCAGCGGUCCGCCCGCGAACGCGCUGGCACCAGCGCCGCGCCGGACGUGCCGGCCGGCACCAGGCGCGCCCGCGACGGCCGCAGGCACAGCGCGCCCGGAAGGCCCCCGGCACCCAGCGCCGCCCGCGACGCCGCCGGCACCAGCGGGCAGCCCGCGUAGGGCUCGCCGGCACCAGCGCGCCCGAGACUGGCCGCAGGCAAAGCGCCGCCCGACGAAGCCCCGGUCACCAGCGACGCCGGUCACAGAGCGCCCUCUACGUACACCGGCUACCAGAGCCGCCCCGCGACGUCCGCCGGCACUCAUAUCCCCCGAGACGCCGCGGCCACACAAGCGCCGCCCCGCACCAGCGCCGACGCGACGGCCCCGGCACCGCGGCGCCCCGCGGACGGUCCGCGGGGGCACAAGCGCCGACCGCGGUACGGCCGCGGGCACCAGGCGCCGCGGCGGACUGCCGACGGCACAACGCAGGCCCGCGAAGGCCCGCAUAACCAGAGCCGCCCUGGCACAGGGCCGUCCGCAGGCCCCCGGGUUCAGCAACGCCGCCGGGCACCAGCGCCGCCCGCGCGACGGCCUGCCGGCACCAGCGCCGCCCGCGAGGGCCGCCGGCACACAGCGACGCCAGCGAGGGCCGCCGGCACCAGCGCACGCCCGCGACGCCGCGGCACCAGCGCAGCCCGCGACGUGCCACGCCGGAACCAGGCGCAGGCGCGACGGCCCACGCACCAGCGCGCAGCGUAGGCCCCAGGGACAGGAGACUCACGAGUGGAAGGCAGCAGGCACAAGGAAGGCCGAGCGAAAGGAAAAAGGCAACAAGCGGAAGAAGGAAAAAGGAGAAGAAAGCGACGGUAACAGGCACAAGAGCAGCCUGAACCAGACCAGCAAGGACGGAACC